AUGGAGUCUUCUACAAAAGAAAUUGCUUUUGAUCAGCAUUGGCAAUAUGCACUACAAGGUGGAAUUGACAAGUUUGCGGGUGUUAUUGGCCUUACUUUUGGUCCUAGGGGAAGGAAUGUUGCAUUAGAUAAGUGUGGUAGUCCUAAAGUUGUGAAUGAGGGAGUCAAAUUUGGCAGAGCUAUUGAGUUACCACACGACAUUGGAACUAUUGGUGAAGCACGAAUUAGAGAGGUAUUCAGCAAGACCAAUGACUUUGAGGGUGACAGAAUAACAAAUACAUUGAAGAGAAGGAGUGAAUGCACUAAGGAAAAUUUGAUUUUUGGCCUGUUUGGGAUUAGGGAGAUACAUCAGCUAAAGCUGUCAAGCUGGGAUUUGCUUGGUUGUUGCCAAAAGUGGAGUGAAUUUGAACACCGAAUUGCAACCCUUGAGUUUGAUCGUGAUAAGAAAUCCACGGGUGUAAUGGUCAACUCUAUUUCAAGAAAGAAGUCAUUGCUAAUGAAGGGUGCUGUAGAGAAUUUGCUUGAGAAAAGCACUAAGGUUCAGUUGCUUGAUGACACUGUUGUACCAUUGGAUGAUAGCUCAAGUAACUAUAUCGUGCAAGCUUUUCGUGAGAUGUCAACUAGUGCUUUGAAACCACUGAAUGAUGCACCUGUUUUGAAACUCGCUAAUAUUGGGAUUGCAAUGAGCAUAACUGGAAUUGAGAACAUAUCCAUCAGAAGGGAAUGUGCUGCUGCUUUCAAACAAGUUUCCACAUUCAAAUUUUUUAGCCUUGUGGACAAGGCUAGUUUUCAAGGGGGAAGUAUUGUUAUGAAUCCAUAA